CUGUGUAGGGUCUGGAGAUGGGAUCGGCUGACGGCGGGGGGAGCAAACUCCACCCAGCAGAUAGGAUUCCUGGCAGGCGGAGCGGGGAGCUGCAUGCGCCGAAAGGGCUCGGGCUGGUUGGUCGGGACGCUUGACAAGUCCGGCAGAAAAACUUGAGAGGGGCAAAGUCCAGCCUGAGUGUGAGGGAGACAGAGUGGAAGUUGAUGUGUGAGAGCGUGUUGGGGACACAACCACAUGAAAUUUUAAAGAAAUGCUCCAAAGAUGGCGGUGGUAAUAGCGACUGGAGUUUCAGGUGCCUCCGGAGUGCAAAAAAGUGGAUUUGUUGAGGUUUUGGUGCGGGAGCAAUGGCACAAAGUUUUGGUCAUCUUGAACGAGGAAGCGCUUACGUUAAGUUGCGAGGAAAGCUGCGUUAACGACAACGUGAACGACAAUGUCAACUCCAACGGCGUUACCAACGGAUCUUACUUCGACAACAAUAACACCAACUCCAACAACGGCCCCCAAACUGUGCGCACCGCGUUCACCGACCUCCCGGAGCGAGUGCCCGAGGCGAUCGCCAACAGAAAGCGGUGCGUUAAGGUGACCAAGCAGGAGAUCGGGGGGCUUGGGAUUAGCAUCAAAGGUGGGAAGGAGAAUAAAAUGCCUAUCCUCAUCAGUAAGAUAUUCCAGGGGCUCGCAGCGGACCAGACCCAGGCUCUGUAUGUCGGGGACGCCAUCCUGUCAGUGAACGGCGUGAACCUGCGGGACGCGACCCACGACGAGGCUGUGCAGGCGCUAAAACGGGCCGGGAAAGAGGUGACUCUAGAAGUGAAGUACAUGCGCGAGGCCACACCGUACGUGAAAAAGGGCUCCCCUGUGUCUGAAAUCGGCUGGGAAACACCCCCUCCUGAUUCAGAGGUUAAGGCUUUUUUAACUUUUCGAAUCUUCUCCUCCAGACAACUGGAGUUGCACUCCCCUGAUGCUAGGCACACCGUGGUGCUGCGUUGCUCAGACCAACCAUCUGCCCUGUCCUGGUUCACUGCCAUGCACACUGUCACAUCCACACUGGCACAGCGGGCGCUGGCAGAGGUUAUCCAGAACACAGCCAGGACUGGGGUAGCUGGCAGCAAAGAAAUACGACACCUGGGAUGGCUGGCUGGGAAGACAGAGAGUGAGAAGCAGUGCUGGAAGCCGGUGCUGGUGGUGUUGACGGAGAAAGAUCUUCUGCUGUAUGAGACUUUACCACGAGGCAAGGAGGCCUGGCAGAGCCCUGAACACACCUAUCCACUCUUAGCAACGCGUCUGGUACACUCUGGCCCUGACCGGGGGUCGCCUCAUUCUGGUACAGAGCUGUUCUUUGCCACUCGGACUGGCACACGACUCGGCAUCGAGACUCACCUGUUCCGGGCUGAGACCACCAAGGAUCUGUCCCUCUGGACCAGACACAUAGUCAACGGAUGUCAUGCCUCAGCUGAGAUGAUCAAAGAAGUCACGACAAGUUGUCUUUACCAGAGUCAAGAGUGCCGGCUGGUGAUUCACUACGAACAGGGCUUCUCUGUGCUGGCUGACCCCAAAUUGGGAGACGGGGAAGAGAGGGGCGCUCACACACCCACCAGGCCCCGAGUGCUCCUCUCCUACCCCUAUGAAAAACUAAAGUUGUCCUCAGAUGACGGAGUCCGCAUGCUUGUCCUAGACUUCGGAGGGAAGGAGGGGGAGAUUCAACUGGACCUCCACUCUUGUCCUAAGCCGAUCGUCUUCAUCCUCCACUCCUUCCUCUCUGCUAAGAUCUCCCGCCUGGGUCUGGUGGCCUGACCUCUCUAAGGGACAUUUCAUCUCUUUUGAAAACAGAAAUCUACCUUGUUUCUCCACCUUUCUGCAGCCCUCAUGCAGUAGUACACUACGUCAAACGCUGUCAGUCGGGGACCCAAGCUGAGUGAAUGUAGCCUCUAUUGACCUUUUUUGGGGUCUCCAAGUUAAAUAAACACUGGAGAAAUCAAUUCAGGUUCAUUUUGCUUUGAUUGAAAUUAACAGAUUCUUUUGGGGGAUAAACCCUCCAUUUAAGGGCUGCAAGGACUGAAGUGUUGACUGAAGAACCACAGAAGAAAACAGGGACUGGACUAGAAGCAGUAGGAUGAUAUACUGUAUACAGAGGGACCCAAAUUGGGCAUUACUGUCACGUCCUGGAUUGGAAGGACUGGACAUGAGCAGUUGUGCGUUUGAGAUGAAUUUACUUUUAAUUCAAUCAAGAUGUAAUAGCAAACUGCCUCCCAUUCACCAAUUAUUUAAUUUAUUCACCAGUAGCUCUGAAUUUCACUCAGCCAUUUUUCUUCAGCAGACAUUUGACGCACUUUGGAAAAACUUUAUGCAUUUGUCUUUGUUAGUGUCUCCUGAAAUGUCUUGUUAGCACUGUCAUAAUUCAUCAUUUUAAGUGGUGGGCACAAUCACCCACACAGGUUCCCACA